AUUAUUUUGAGCACCCCUUCUCUUGAGGCGGCUUCCGCCACAGCUCCUCAAUCAUGAAGAAUAACACUUCCACAUGCAAGAGCGGAUCGGACAAUCUCUGGGGUACUAAGGAGCCCAAGAACACCUGGAUUCAAAUCUAUCUUUCGGUUGGGCUGGGCCUAUGGGCCUUCCUGACUUUCUGUUUUCUCCGUCCGCGCUGGAAAGGUCUCUAUGCCGCGCGUAAGAAACAGAGCAGCCAAGCAACCGCCCUCCCCGAGCUUCCUGACAGCUUCUUUGGUUGGAUACUACCGUUAUGGCGAAUCACAGAAGAACAAGUGCUGGCUUCAGCUGGCCUGGAUGCCUAUGUAUACCUCGCAUUUUUCAAAAUGGCCAUCAAAUUCCUCCUUGUCACACUGUUCUUCGCUUUGGUGGUGAUCAAGCCGGUUCACGACACACAUAAACCGCUUGACCGCCCAGAUAACGGUAAUGGGACUUCGCCCAACAAUACCAUGAUCGCACCUCCUUCAACCCUAGAACAUCUCGAGGCCCGUUCGGACUGGGUAACACCAUUCUAUAUACCGGGGGACUUUGAAUACUAUACCGACUAUUUAUGGAUGUACUUGGUAUUCGCGUACUUCUUCACUGGCCUGAUAAUGUAUUUGAUCGUUUCGGAGACGAGACGGAUUAUCGAGGUCCGCCAAGAGUACUUGGGAGGCCAAACCACCAUUACAGACCGCACCGUCAGGCUUUCAGGCAUCCCCCUCGAGCUCAGAUCCGAAGACAAGAUAAAGGAAUUCAUUGAAGAGCUAGAAAUCGGGAAGGUCGAGAGUGUUAUACUCUGCCGAAAUUGGAGAGAAUUAGAUGACCGCAUCAUACAGCGAAGUUCUGUCGUAAGAAAGCUCGAGGAAGCAUGGACCGUUCAUCUCGGGAAACGGAGGGCGGAGCGAAGUCUCGAGACCUUACCACUAGUGCAGCCCCACCCACCUGGACCAGAGAUCGAUGUUGAGGAGUCCCCGGCCGGGGAGGCCAGCCAUCUCCUUAGUGAUACCGAAAGAAGCCCUGAUUAUAUCAUUCCGUAUUCUCAGCGACGCCCGAUGGCCAAGAUUUGGUAUGGCCCUCUCAAGCUGCGAUAUAGGAACGUCGACGCCAUCAAUUACUACGAAGAGAAGCUGCGGAGACUGGAUGACGAGAUCAGAAUUCUGAGGAAGAAAGACUUUGAGGCAACCCCUCUAGCAUUUGUGACUUUGGAUAGCGUCCCGAGCGCUCAAAUGGCUAUCCAAGCUGUUCUGGACUCUUCCCCGCUCCAACUAUUAGCGAACAGCAGCCCAUCACCUUCGGACGUCGUCUGGUCAAACACAUAUCUCUCACGCUCUAAAAGGAUGUUCCGGGCUUGGUCUAUCACUGCUUUCAUCGGGCUUCUCACUGUAUUCUGGACAAUCUUACUUGUCCCAAUUGCUGGAAUUCUUAACACUUGCUCAAUUCACGAAGUGUGGCCUGCCUUAGCUGAUGCACUAGACGCCCACGAGGUCUUGCGAUCUCUUGUUAAUACGCAGCUACCGACACUAGCAACCACACUACUCAAUGUCGCCGUGCCUUUCCUCUACGAUUGGUUAUCAAACCAACAAGGCAUGAUAUCGCAGGGUGACGUUGAACUCUCCGUGAUCUCAAAGAACUUCUUCUUCACAUUUUUCAACUUCUUCAUCGUGUUCACUAUCUUAGGGACCGCCUCAGGUUUCUUUGACAUGCUGGAACGAUUUGGACAACAACUCGAGAACGCUUCAAGUAUCGCAAACGCCCUUGCGACGGCGCUUCGGGACCUUCUAGGCUUCUAUACAAACUUUAUUAUCUUACAGGGGUUUGGCCUUUUCCCCUUGCGCCUUAUGGAAUUUGGCCCACUCACGUUGUAUCCAAUCAAUUUGAUCGGAGCUAAGACUCCUAGAGACUACGCCGAAUUGGUGCAGCCUCCGGUCUUCAGCUAUGGUUUCUUUCUUCCUCAGACCAUUUUAAUUUUUAUUAUUUGCAUGGUCUACAGCGUCCUGCGAGAUUCGUGGAAAGUCUUGCUCACAGGCCUUGCUUAUUUCAUGAUUGGUCACUUCGUUCACAAGUAUCAGUUGCUUUACGCGAUGGAACACCGACAACAUUCAACAGGCAAGGGUUGGAUGAUGAUGUGCGACCGCGUCAUUGUAGGCACAGUGCUUUUCCAGCUUACCACCGCUGGUCAGCUAGGUUUGAGAGGGGCCUUCAAACGAGCUGUUGGAAUAGCUCCGCUCGUCCUCGCGACCCUAUGGUUCGGCUAUGUCUACAGCCGGACAUACAGGCCUUUGAUGAAGUUUAUCGCCUUGCGAAGUCUAAGGCGUGCUGAACAUUCGGAUCUUGGAAGGGCUAUCCAAGAAGAUGCAUUUUCUGCCGAACGUGGAUUCCAACGGGGCCACACCCCACGACAGACAGUGGAUGAGGCGAGAGAGAGAGGCUUGCGGUUCGAAAACCCAGCUCUUGUGAUGCCAUUGGACGAUGUGUGGAUUGUAAACAAGCGUGCCAGGUCCCAGAAUGGGUCUGCAGCGCACAGUAUAAAUGGCGAGCGAGAAACCUAAC